AUGGCAUUCAACAGUGACCAAGUGCUAGUGCUGAACAACGGUUCAGGGAAGAGGGCAAGAGCAUCCUCUUCUUCAGCAUCCCUAAAGUGCUCCACGCCCAAGAAAGCGGCCCGUAACCUGCUGGAGGACAGCAGCAGUGAUGAGCGCUCACCGAAGCGAGCCACCCGCAGCCUCCAGCCUUCAUGGCAGGAGGACAACGCUACCGAAGCGGACUGGGCCCCACUCGACCUCUCCGUUUUCAGCGACGUGGUGCAGCAGCAGCAGCAGGACGGCGGUGAGGAGCAAGGAUGGACUACCGUCACGACCAGCCGAGCUCGCCGCCACCAGCUCCCGAGGCCCAAGUUCAAGCUGGGCAGCCUGGGCGAAUACGAGAACUCUUACCGAGCCAUCUCUGCCCUCGAGAGGGAGUAUCCGACCCUUCGGAUACAGGUAAGGGUUAAUCUCAAGGGUGAGCACGUGGUCACGCCCAAGGACGAGGAUUCCACGGCACUCCUGCGCCGCAUCGCGGAGGAAGGAAACAGGGUGCUCCUCCUCGACCCAAGCGAAAAGAGGCACAAGGUGGUGCUGGAGCGCUACCCGCUCGACCUGCCUCUCGAGGCGGUAGAGGCUCACCCUCAGGUGACCUCCGCCCAGCGUCUGACCUCCAGGAGGGACAAGUUGCCCACGAGACAGGUGCUACUUGUGUGUGUGGGGCCGCCGCCCGCCAAGUUGGAUCUCGGCUGCUGGGGCAGAUACUCCCUGCGCCCCUACCAAGGUGAGCCUGUAAGAUGUUACAGGUGCCAACGGUACAACCACCUGCAGGCGCGGUGCGAACAUGCCGCCAGGUGCGGCGUGUGCAGCCUGCCCCACCCGACGGAGGAAUGCAUCGCCCGCCAUAAGGCCAACGAGGCAACCACCGCCAGCAGCAACAACAGCAGUCUCAGGCGCCACCAAGGCGGCAACGUCGACGUCGCCAUACAGCGUCGCAUGGGCAGCCCCGGCAACAGAUCGCUCAGCCCCAGCAGCAACAGCAUCCACCACGUGGCCAGCCAGGAAGGUCAGCGCGAGAUCCCGUUGCACCCGCCCCACCUCCAGUCAGGUCAGCUUGGGUCCCGCGGCAGGCCCCCUCAGCCACCCCCCCCACCCCCGUCCCAGCCAGCGGCAAGACCGGAAGAGAUUAACCGGCAACCCCCUCACCGCCGACCCGAGGUACAGCCUCCAGCCAUAGGCACGGAGAGCCGCACCCCCUCCGCCCACCCCUCCACUCGCUCAGGUAGCACCCCUACCAAGCAUGCUCGAGCCAAGCCCCACCACCCGAGCAGCGGCACACAAGGGAGAGACCCUCCCGGCGACGCCCCCGCCCGUGCGGCGACAGGCCCAGCACCGACAACGGUGAGGAGGAGAGCCAUGGUCCCGAGCGAUCCUCUCCACGGGGUGCCCGCCUGUCUCAGCGAAGAAACCCGCGCGGUGGUCAACUGCCUCGUGGCGCGGAUGGUGCAGUUGAUGGCGGAGCUGCUUGCCAGCCCUGAUCACACCUUCACCACCAACAUGGAGAGGAGAUAUGCUGAGGGCGCCACCCACGCGGACCAGCCUGCAGGGCCCCCCAGGCUCAGAGUCCUGCAAUGGAACGUGCAGGGCCUGCGACCCAAGAGACAUCAAGUCCUACAGGCCGUCUUCGAGGAGCACCUUGACGUUGUGCUCCUCCAGGAAACACUGACGCCCGCCGACUUUGAAUGGAGGGUGGCGGGCUACACCCUUCACUCGCUCCCCACAGCGGAGGGCACCCGAGGCUGUGCAGCGCUGGUGAGGAGCACAAUCCCUCACCGCAGGGUUGCAGCCCCAGUCAACUGCGGGGACGGAGUGGAGGUCCUGGCGCUGGAGCUGCAGGUGGGAAGUCUCCCGCUCCUGGUAUACAACGUAUACAGGAGCCAGCGACACCAGCUGGAGGCAGGAGAGCUUCUCACCCUCGCCUCCCACUCCAGUCUCUUGGUUGCGGGCGACCUCAACGCCCACCACCCCAUGCUACAGUCACCGUCCCCAGCCAACGAAACGGGCCGCCACCUGGCCGUGCUGCUCGAGGAAAUCCCUCACGUGUGCCUUCUCAACACAGGGGAGGCCACCCACACCCGGGGAGGAAGGCUUGACCUCACGUUGGUCUCGAGUGACCUGGCGGCAGGCGCUACGUGGCAGGUGCACCCGACCCUCACCAGCGACCACUUUGCCACCCUCACCACCCUCCCAGUGGCCCCGCCGGUCCCACCCCGCCCGCCCCCACGCUGGAACAUAAGGAGAGCGGACUGGACCAAGUUUCAGGCCUCUCUUGACGAGUGGUGGGCCGCCUAUCAGCCGCCCGCCGACCUACAUCAGCAGGAGAGGGACCUGACGACGGCCAUCCAGACCGCAGCCGCCGCAGCCAUCCCCAGGUGCACCCCGAGCCGCCGCCACCGGACAGACUGGUGGUACUACAACGAAGAGGUGCGCGAGCACAACCACCGUGUCAACCAGCACAGAAAACUGUACAAAAGGCGCCCCAACCCCAACAACCUAAGACUCCUACAGGAUGUGGUGGCCCACGCACGGCAGGUAUCCCUGAGGGCCAGAGAGGCUAAAUGGCUGGAGUGGUGCGCCACUUUUAGCCACCACACGUCUCUAGGCCAGCUGUGGAGGAGCGUGAGGACAGCCUCCGGCGCUGCCCCGCCCCGCCCGCCCGCCCACCCGCACCCGCAGCAGGAGGCAGAGAGGCUUGCCACCAUGUUCACCACGCGGAGCUCCAGUGACCAGCUUCCUCCCCAGACACAACGCAUCCAGCAGCAGCUCCGACCACACCGCGACGAGGCUGUCAGGGAGGCGAUGGAGGAAGCCGACGUGACUGACCAGCCCUUCUCCCUUCAAGAGCUGGAGCGGGCUAGGAGGAGAGGCCGCGACACGGCAGCGGGGGCGGACGGCGUGCCAUACUCCAUGUUGGCGCACGCUGGGCCGGCUGGGGACGCCGCGCUGUUGGCCACCAUCAACGCCUCAUGGAUGGCGGGCUGUCUGCCGCCCGCGUGGAAGGAAGCCGACAUUCAGCCGAUUCCAAAGCCGAGGGAGCCCACCAAGAUCAGACCCAUCUCUCUCCUCAGCUGCACGGCCAAAACGGCUGAGAGGAUGGUGCUCGCGCGGCUACAGUGGCGCGUGGGGCCCUCUCACCCACAUGUGUUCGGCUACACCCGCGGAGUGAGCACGGCAGACAGCAUCCUCGCCCUGCUGACCCAAAUUGACCACCGCCCCGCCGUCAUCGUCUUCAUCGACCUCGAGAAGGCGUUCGAGCUAGCCAGCCCUCACGCCAUCCUCGGCGCACUCGUGCGGAAAGGGGUGCGAGGAAGGCUGCUGGCCUGGCUCCGCGACUACCUGCAGCGCCGCCGCGCCAGGGUUAGGUUCCAGGGCCUGAGGUCGACCUUCAAGGUACUUGAGAACGGGACGCCCCAGGGCGGCAUCCUCAGCCCUCUACUGUUCAACCUGCUGAUGGAACAGCUAGUGGCACUGCCUUUCCACGCUGGCACCGUCCUGCUGAGCUACGCCGAUGACCUCGCCCUCGUCGUCACCGGAAGGGGCAACAAGCUCAGGAGGACGCAGCAGGCACUCGACCUCAUCAGCGGGAAAUGCCAGGACCUGGGGCUCAAGAUCUCGGCAGAGAAGUCCCGGGCCAUGAUGGUGAAGGCGGCAGACCCAACCUGGCAGCUCCGCGUCCAGGGAGUUGAGCUGGCAUGGACCAACUCCUACCAGUACCUCGGUGUGUGGGUGGACAAGCGGCUGUCCUUCACAGCCCACGCCGCCUACCUGAGGGAGAGGACGCAGUCUAGGCUGAACCAGGAGCGGAUCGAGGUGCUACAAAACACCGCAAUGAGGACCAUGCUGGGGGCACCGAGGUGGUCCAGCGCAUGCGUCAUGCAGAGCGAGACCAGACUGGUACCCCUCACCACCAGGGUACAGCAGAUCACGGCCUGCCGCGUAGCGAGGGUGCUGCAGCGUGACGCGGAGGGAGUGACACAGAGGAGACUAAGGCUGGCGGGGACGCAGGGUGCCGAAUCUCUCCGCCGCAACCCGUGGCUGCUGCAGUGCACGCUGGCUACCCACAACCUGGCUCGCAUGGAGAACUGGCCACAGGCGGACCUCCCUGCCCCCACCUUCCGCGCCCCACCCCCGUGGGAGCCACCCGCGGCAGAGUUCUCCGCCACACAGCUGCCCGCCAGCAAGGCGCUCUGCGCCGUGGAGGAGAUGCGGCAGCACGCCUUCAUGGCCAUGGCGCAGGUCACCGGGCCAGACAGUGUUGUGUACUACACCGACGGCUCGGCUGACCCUGACAGCGGAAAGACGGGCGCUGCUGCCAUCACCAGAGGGGCCGAGGUGUGUGAGAGGACUCCCGACCACUGCUCCACCCUGCAGACAGAACUGGUGGCCAUCCUGCUGGCCCUGGAGCACGCUCAACACCGGCGGGAGCGCACCGUGGUGCUCCACACCGACUCCAGAACGGGGCUACAGGCUCUACAACAGCCGUAUCCCAGCGACAACGUGGGCCUCGUCACCGCCAUCCUGGGUAGCCUCCAGAGCCUCGCCGCGCAGGGGCGGCGGGUGAGGCUCAACUGGAUACCCAGCCACGUGGGAGUACGAGGCAACGAGGCUGCUGACGCAGCCGCCAAGAGAGCUGCUAGUGGCCCCCAGGUGACAAGGCAUGUGCCGCCCAGCCUGAGCCAAGUGAGGGCGCAAGCCAGGCUCGCCGCAACCAAGCGCGCCCGCCACACGCACCGGCAGCUGGAAACAAGGAAGAGACAGGCAGCUUGGUACGCCUCCGCCACUGGCUACCAGUCGUUGGACGCCUCCCAGCAGCAGCCCAGAGCAGACGGCGUGUUGCUGCAACGCGUAAGGCUGGGCUACUGCACCAGGGAACAGCUGUACGACGACUUUCGGGGGCAGGAGUGCGACCACUGCGGGAGGCACAGCCGCCACCCGCUAGUGCACUACCUACUGUCCUGUCCGGCCACCGCCGCCCUCAGACCAACGCCGCCACCACCGGCCCAUCCUGUAGGCGGUGAUCUCCUCAGCAGCCGCGAGGCCAGGGCUGCCCUCAUCGUCCGCCACACGCCCACAGACCUGAUGCUGCGAGUUCUCAGGGCAGCGCCCCCGCCCCGCUGA